AUGCUGGCUCGGGUCAUGCCGAUCAAACCUCCACACGAAAACGGAUACGGAUACCAGAAUUUUCAGGCCAUCAACUCGACCCCAGCAGCUGCGCGACACGACCGCUUACACGUAGGCGUACAGGUACAGCCUCAAGACCGGUUCGGCCAUCAACCCUCCGACGGCCUCGGCUUUUUCGACCAACGCUGGUCGUCGCCUUUGACGGCAACGCUCACUCCCACUCGCAGGCUACAGCCACUGCGCCUGCCCCUGCCUACAAUAUCCACUUCCUCUCCGUCUCCUUGCCCUGCUCCAACUCGGUCUUCGCCUUUCCCUCUUGGCGCGCAAGGGUCGAAGGAUAGACAUCCCCGUCCUCAUCCCCAUCCCCAUUCUCAUCCAGCAUCCGUCGUCCGAGAUACCGACAACGAGCCCCGACGUCGAAUCGUUUUGGCCGCUUCACCCAACUCCCGUGGCCUCGCAGCCAUGAGCGUCGCCUACGAGCCCAGGAGCUUCAUCCAUGAAGGUUCCUACCCUUCCAUGGGCGACGACCCCGACCACCACGAUGACGACCAAGUCCAUGACGAUCAGCGCUUCACCGACUCCGAGGUCGCCGUCCAUCUCAGUCAUUACACGGCCGAUGCCGCCAUACUCGCGUCCGAUGAUCGCGAUGUUCUGGGCGACGCCCGCGACGUCCUCGACGACGAUCAGGGCGUCCUGGUCGAUGAAAGGAGCUUGAUAGCCGACGACACGGCCGUCGACGAGGCCUCGAGACUUGACCUGGACCCCACCGGCUUCUCCUCCCCCAUCGCGGUGCCGCUCCCUGCACCAACCGAGUCGGACAGAUUUCCGGACAGCAAAGAUGACUCCCCCGCCGUUGGCUCUCCAUCAUCCGUCUCCCGCUUGCGAGCGGUGGCGAAACCGGAUCGUGAAGUGAGCAAGGGACCGGACGGGAAGUACCAUUGCACAAUCGCCGAAUGCAAGGACGAAGCCCGUGUUUUCUCGCGCAAGUGCGAGUGGAAUAAACACAUGGACAAGCACGAGCGACCCUACCGGUGUCCUGUCGACGGUUGCGAGAUGCUUCCCGGCUUCACCUACUCUGGCGGCCUACUUCGGCAUGAGCGCGAAGUGCACGGGAUGCAUGGCGGCCCUAAGAAUACGGUCAACUGCCCGCACCCUAAUUGCAAGCGCCACACCGGCAAGGGUUUCUCUCGACAAGAAAACCUCAACGAGCACCUCCGACGGGUCCAUACCAACAUGGAGGGUUCAACGCCACCCGCCACCGAGAGUGCCGCCGAGGCCGACGACAACGAAAGCGACAAGUCGGGCUCCAAGCGUAAGCGCCAGGCGAGUGACCAGACGGCUGACGACGAGCUCGACGAGCUUCGGUCCGAGGUCAAGCGCAUGCGAGAUGAGAACGAGAGGCUCAAGUCGGAGAUUGAGCAGCAGUCGCAGCACUCGCUCGCCAUGAUGGCCCAGAUAGCCGAGCUUCAGGACGCCUUGCGCCAAGGCCUGGGACAGCACGCACUGGGAGCCCCAACGGCGCAGAUGAUCUAG